UUGUUAUUUAGUAAAACGUAAAUAAUCUAGUGCGAUGGUUGUACUUUUUAAGAGUUUUCUAGUACAAAGAUAGGUGUAAGUCAAGAUGGCUGAGAAGCCUGAGAAGGAUACUGUGAUCAGAACGCUGCUGGCAUCAGCUCCCCAGAACUCAUCACUCUCACAGCCCAGCACUCCAACGCAAUCACCACACAAGGCUGGUAAUUCAGGUGUCAUACACCCAUCCUUCCGUCGGCCGAGCUCAGCAUCACGACCCACUUCUCCACGUGCUCUGGGAUCAUCACACUCAGAAUCCGACGCCAGGAUGAAGAACUCUGGAGAUCCACAUGCAAGGUUCACAUCAAUGCUCAGACUGGCCAGUGGGCAGGUACGGGAUGUAGAGGAAAGUGAGCCAGAUGUUGUGUUGAUGGAUCAUGCCUAUGCUCGGCCAUGGAAUUGGCGGCCAGAAGCUUCACAUGCUCGACCUAGGAAGAUGCUCUUUAUGACAAAAUCUUCUCGGCAAAACCGCAGCACUCAUAGGUUGUUGAUUAAUGGCAAAAAUUACUCAUGUUUUGAUAUCUUUAUAACAAUAAUGGAAGGAGGACAGUUAGUGACUUCAAUUAAAGCUCAAGCUCAGGAUAACUUGAGGCAUGUACCACUCUCAGUCAGUUCUCCAUUAGAUGUCAGACCUGAGCUGAGUGUAGACUGCAUUUGUACUAUGAUACGUAUCUGCUCCUUCUUUACAAUCUCAGCGCUGCUCUACGAGAAUCUUACACCCAGAUGUGCCGCCACUGAGUUCAGCACAGGACCACGUAGUCGCCCUUGCUUAGCAAAGUUGACAGUUACUGUGAUAGUUGAGACAAUGUGGCGCUGUCCUCGAGACAGUGCUAAAGACUGA